GGAAAAUAAAGGUAAUUUUGAAGCUUUCAGUGGCACAAAAAGCUGGAAACGAUUGCUGAACGUUCUUAAUUCUAGGGACCGUGAAAGCCUCCUGAUGAAGGAAAAGAAAACGUGAAGAAAGCGCGUCCCUCAAGCCGGAAACGCCAUGGGCUUUUGAAUCAUCACGUGGUGCGCAAGCCCACAACGACAUGAUCGUGACCACUGCAUACAGUAUACCUCAGCCAGAACUUCCGCCCGUGUGCAAGAUGGCGGCCCAGCGGCCAGUCUAACCCGCAGGCCGGCGGCGUCCGGCGGCGCUCCGAGCUGGCAGCGCGGGGAGCGGCGAGUGCGGGCACCGCCGAGCCAGAGCCGGCCAUGGACUGGAAAGAAGUGCUCCGCCGGCGGUUAGCGGCGCCCCAAGCGGAUCCCAAGAAAAAAAAAAGUGAACAAGAAUUAAAAGAUGAAGAAAUGGACUUAUUUACCAAAUAUUACUCAGAAUGGAAAGGAGGUAGAAAAAACACAAAUGAAUUCUAUAAGACCAUUCCCCGGUUUUAUUACAGGUUGCCAGCUGAAGAUGAAGUCUUACUUCAGAAAUUAAGGGAGGAAUCCAGAGCUGUCUUUCUACAGAGGAAAAGCAGAGAGCUCUUAGAUAACGAGGAAUUACAGAACUUAUGGUUUUUACUGGAUAAACACCAGAUACCACCCAUGAUUGGAGAGGAAGCAAUGAUCAAUUAUGAAAAUUUUUUGAAGGUUGGUGAAAAGGCUGGACCAAAGUGCAAGCAAUUUUUUACUGCAAAAGUGUUCGCUAAACUCCUUCACACAGACUCCUAUGGAAGAAUUUCCAUCAUGCAGUUCUUUAACUAUGUCAUGCGCAAAGUUUGGCUUCAUCAGACAAGAAUAGGACUCAGUUUAUAUGAUGUUGCUGGGCAAGGAUACCUUCGGGAAUCAGAUUUAGAAAACUACAUACUGGAACUUAUCCCAACUUUGCCGCAGCUGGAUGGGUUGGAAAAGUCUUUUUACUCCUUUUAUGUUUGUACAGCAGUUAGGAAGUUCUUCUUCUUUUUGGACCCUCUAAGAACAGGAAAAAUAAAAAUUCAAGACAUUUUAGCAUGCAGCUUCCUGGAUGAUUUAUUGGAACUAAGGGAUGAGGAACUUUCCAAAGAGAGUCAAGAAACAAACUGGUUUUCUGCCCCUUCUGCCCUAAGAGUUUAUGGUCAGUACUUGAAUCUUGAUAAGGACCAUAAUGGCAUGCUGAGUAAAGAAGAACUUUCCCGCUAUGGAACAGCAACCAUGACCAAUGUCUUCUUAGACCGUGUGUUCCAGGAAUGCCUCACAUAUGAUGGAGAAAUGGACUAUAAGACCUACUUAGACUUCGUUCUUGCCUUGGAAAACAGGAAGGAACCUGCAGCUCUGCAAUAUAUUUUCAAAUUGCUUGAUAUUGAGAACAAGGGGUAUCUGAAUGUCUUUUCCCUGAAUUAUUUCUUUAGGGCCAUACAGGAGCUAAUGAAAAUCCAUGGACAAGAUCCUGUUUCAUUUCAAGAUGUCAAGGAUGAAAUCUUUGACAUGGUCAAACCAAAGGAUCCUUUAAAAAUCUCACUUCAGGAUUUAAUCAGCAGUAAUCAAGGAGACACAGUCACUACCAUUCUAAUUGAUCUGAAUGGCUUCUGGACUUAUGAGAACAGAGAAGCACUUGUUGCAAAUGACAAUGAGAACUCUGCAGACCUAGAUGAUACCUGAUCUCUGAAAGAUGCCACUGUCUUCAUUUAGAUGCUUAAAGGCUGCUUGUGAAAUCUUUGAAGCAGACUCCUUAGAAAUGCUCUAAAUAAAACAGCAUAUGCCAGA